UUUUCUUUAAAAAUGGCAGCCUUCAUGUCGUAAGCUUUUCUUUUUCUUUUCUACAGAUGAAAAGUUUUUAAUAUCAAUUUAGGGAAGGUUUAUAAUGCUAUUUGAAGCUACCCAGAUGGUUAAUAGGUCUUCUGUAACGAUUAUCUAGUUGUUAAAUGUCGUGAGUCAUGUACUUCAUAUUGGCCGCGGCGUAAACAUCAGGCAACUUAUGCAAAUGUUGAACGGAUCGAACGAUACGAGUAGUUCCUUGACAACAUCGAAUAAAGAUACCAUGAGCGCCGGGAGUGCGACAUUGGACCGCGAGCUAGCGAGCACGCGGCGACUGCUGUGGGGAGAUCAUGUUAAGGAAGAUGUUUUCCGGCGUUGGGCGCAGGGCUUCCAGUUCAGUCCAGACGAGCCUAGUGCUCUUAUACAACAGGAAGGAGGUCCAUGUGCAGCUAUUGCACCCGUGCAGGGUUUUCUACUGAAGAUACUCUUGUCAGAGACACCAGGACACAGUUUUCAGGACUUGACUUCAGAGAAGUGCAAUUCUCUACUGGUUAGGGCUGUGUGUACAAUAUUAAGCCAGUGUCUAGCGCCUAAGUACAAUGUUGCUGUGUACAGAAAGAAUGAAACAGAUGCGGAGACUAGCGGCGGCAAUAAUGUCAGUGUGGAGGAACAAUCCAACACGGUGUAUGAUACUUUAGAACAAUUCCAUCGACGCAUUGAGGUGCACCCUUUCCAAACCUUAUCUGAAGUAGAAGCUUUUUACACAAGAAACAUCCGAAUACUGAAGGACAAGUAUGGUGUUUUACUACUAUUGUACAGUGUAAUUCUCAGCAAGGGGGUGAGCAUUGUGGAAGCUGAGCUUGCAGAACUGUCAGAUCCACUCAUACAUUCAACAUAUGGAUAUGGGUCUCAGGGACUUAUUAACUUAAUGCUUACAGGCAGGGCUGUGGCACAUGUGUGGGACCAUGACCAGGUUGUUGGUGGUCUACGACUGCGAGGUAUUGAGAAACAGAAUGACAUUGGAUUCCUAACUAUUAUGGAACACAUGCAAUAUUGCACAGUUGGUUCAUUUUAUAAAAACCCAAAGCAUCCAGUGUGGGUUUUAGCAUCUGAUACACAUUUAACAGUGCUGUUCUCCCUUGAAAGAAGGCUAGCUGCACCAGAAACGGUUGGAGAGUCAGCUGAAAGAAUUUUCCGUUCAUUUGAUCCAGAGGGUAAUAAUUUUAUUCCUUCCGCUGCCUUACAAGAUGUACUUUGUGCUGCAGAUCUAGUGAGUGAACCUGAAUAUGUAGAAUUAAUGAGACGUAAACUAGAUUCUGAAAAUUUGGGAAUUAUCUUAUUGAGCGCCUUCAUGGAUGAAUUUUUUCCUGGAUGUGAGCGUGGUGCUCCAGACACAUUUACCCUGCACCACUAUAAUGGGCUAAUACGCAGCAACCCUGGUGCGCGGGUGAUGUUCCGAACAGGCCGUGCAGCACUGUUAGAAUGCCCCAUGCGUGCUGCAAGCACAGACGCCAUGCUUACAUGCCUGCAGACCAAGUGGCCCAGUAUUGAUGUGGUGUGGGAUGAUGGACAGUCACCAUCACUCAAUUAGCAGAGCUUCUCUCUUCCGAUGACCCUUGCUCGGAACUUAUACUGUGACAUAGUGAGGAUUGCGUCGAAAGUACCUUUAGAUAUGUUUAAUAUGUCGCUGAGAAAUUCCAUUACUUUAUUGUAUUAACUUAUGUAUAAAAAUUGUAUUGGAUGGUUUGAGUCGAGGUUCCUUGUGGAAGGUUCUCGCACUGGUAUAGGCAGCUAUUUUGCAUAAAUUUGGCGUCCUUGCGGUAGUUAGGUCUCUGAACUGGUCAACUGGCAACGCAAGGCGUGAGGAAUGCUCAUCAUGACAAGCGGGAUUAAGUAGUCAGUACAUUGUUGUGAGAAUAGCUCCAAGCUACCAUGUAAAUGAGUGAUCUGAAUAUUAAGCAAUAAGCUUUUUGCAAGAGUAAUAAAUAUAUCUAUGUAAAAUAUAAUUUUACAAUACUCUAUUUUUGGUGUUAGAGUAUAAUUUGGCCAUAACUUUGGAGUUGGUACUGUUGUACAAAAUCUAUUUUCGUAUCAAGAUGAACAGUUGCGAAGUUUGUUCUAGGCCAUGAUCUAAUUAAUUUGUGAGGUGUCAGGUGAUGCCAAAACAAACUCUUUAUGCUGUAUGUGCGCGGAUAGCACCGCCUAGUGCCUAGGCCACUGAUAGAUAUGGGAUCAUUUGACUUGACUUGCAUGUGUCUGCCCUGGUUUACGAAAAAUAGCAUUAAUCCAUAACUUGUGUAGACUACUUCUUCUAUGUGUUUCACAUUAUUACCACAGAUAAACAUCAGAUUGUACAUACUUGUUUAAAUUUGUGAUUGCUAGUUGUUUAGUUUCAUAUUAUUUACAAUAUUGAUGGGAGUAUCAUUGCUGGACUCAACAACACUUACGGACUCAUGCUAAUGGGCACUGGUUGCCAUCCCAGUGUGUUGUUCAAUAUUGUUGUGUUGUGACUUAACAUCAUAGAAUGUAUACAUGCUUGAUGUAUUUGACAGUUUUCAAUGCACUAAGUUUUUACUACAUUUUAUUUACUACAUACUUAGAUAAGUACUAAAGUUUGGAAGCAAACAAAAACUUGAAUAUAAUGCAAUAAAUAUUGAUUUAUGUAAACCAACUAGGUGACAUUAAAUGGGUGGUUAUAUAUGUACCCUAACAAUGAUUGUAUUAAUAAUUGAUUCAUACAUUUUGUAUACAUUUAUUUCUUUGAUUAAUUUUGUGACUAAAAUAAUUGUUACAGUAAACAUACAGUGACAGUAAUAGAGUAUCUAACCUAUUUUGUUAAAAUCAAAAAUUUCGUUUUUCAUAUUAUGUUAUAAUAUAUUCUGAUUACUACGAAAUUUAAGUCAGUCAUCUACAAUUUUAUAGUGAUUAUUUUCAUUGUAUUUUGUCAAAUUCAUGUAAAAUAGCUGUGCACAUUGGUGUCGCGUUAUAAAGAGUAUAUUGAAAGAUAUUUUCAGUUAGUCAUAAAUAGUGUAACAUGCUUUUUUAAUUACAAUUUGUGGGUUUUA